ACGCAGAUGGACGUGUCGUCGGAGAACGACACGGCUGAGUAUAAGGCUCCCGAGCGUCUGCUCAAGUUUUUGGUGAAGAACGCUGAACGGCACCAAUACGAUUUCAAUGAUGAAUCCGCUUCUCACUUGUUGCAGGAAGUGUACAUGUCCUUGCUUAAUUACGACGAAAGCAAUUGGAAGUAUUUAGUGAAAGAAGGCCCUGUGAGCGUCACGUCAAAAUUCCGUUUGCCGGAGGUGCAAAAACGACAAUUUGGAGACGAGAUUACGGACUUGGGUUCUGAAGUGUGUGGCCAUGUCUUCCGCAACGGUGAGCCAGUGUAUCGAUGCAGGACAUGUGCCAUGGACAAUACCUGUGUACUGUGUGCUCGCUGUUUCCGGAACACGAAUCACGACGGCCAUGAGACGCACGUAAGCAUCCCUACUGACUCUAAUGGCAUCUGUGAUUGCGGCGACCCUGAGGCUUGGAAGGUGCCACUGGGUUGCUCUAUCCAUGCUUCCAAAGACGACGGACCGAAAGCCGAGGAUGUGCUUCCUCGGGAACUUCAAGAGUCCAUACACAGCACCAUAUCCACUGUCCUCGACUUCAUCCUCGACGUCUUCAAUUGCUCUCCUAUCAAUCUGAAAGCCACACAGACGGUUGAUAGUGUGCUAGAAGACGAGCGACGCUCGCGACUUAGUGAAACCAAGUACUUUGUCGAGGACGAGCAAUGUUCUGUGUUUCGUGUCAUGCUUUGGAAUGAUGAGAAGCACAAGUUCGACGAUGUUAUCCGGCUGACAAUGGAGGCCAUGAAUACGAACGAUUGGUCUUUUGGUGAGCAGGUUGCCCAGCGAGUCAACUCCAUCGGUCGCUUCGCCGUCAGCACGUCACGUUCCAUUGACGACUUGCUAGACAUUGCUCAGGUGUUUGCCAAAGUCGAUUUGGCCGUCAACGUGAGGUCGGCACGCGAUUUCUUCCGUGAAAACGACUGUGGAACACUCAUACUGUGGCUUUACGAUUUGAUGGAAUCACAGAUCUGUGGUUACAAGGGUUUCCUUCGCGAUAUCAUUUGCGACGAACUCGUAAAGUGUUGGAAUAGCGGCUUGAAGCACCCUACUUAUGACGAACCUAAUUUAACGACACCCUAUAGAAAGCGUUUUCGGCAAAUGAAUGAUGGUUUGAAUGUUGAAGACUUUCGACCUGUCGUCCUUCGUAAUAUUCGACAAUUAAUUAAUGAACGCCGACGCAUGCAUUCUGCCUUGCCGACUGAGCGUAUAACUCUUCCUGGAGAUUACUGGAAAUCACCACGAGAGGAAGGUCUUAAAGUACUUUCAAUGGCAGAAUCACCGUACUCGCGACUCCGACUUGAUUAUUUCUUCCUCUAUGAUUUGAAGUAUUGGAAGAAUUUACGGAAUCUGCUGUCUGAGCUCUAUGUUGUCCCUUUAAACCAGAAUUUGCAAUUUAAACGUGCAAUGGCCAUUCGUUUCUCUAUCCUCUACAAAACCCUCUCUCGAGCUUUUCUUUUUGCCGAUAGAGAGCCCGAACAUUCAGUCACCUUUUUAUCCGUACAGUUUUUCACCACUCCUAGCUUGGCUGAAUUGCUUGUACUUCGUUACGACUUUCUCACCACAGCUAACUCUUCCUUAUAUUCACUCUUUACGUGCCAAAAGCGAAGCCGGUCUACUGAAACUGGUGGUCCAAGCAUCGAGAUUAAUCAACGCGCGCUGGUAAGCCAGCGGAAUGCUAUGCUUUUUGGCGAUUUGGGUUACUUGUUGAUGCACCCUAGCGUAAUGGGCUUAGUCCAUUCUGAUAAACGCUUCAUCAAACAAUAUAGUGAUCUAUUUCAUUUAUUUCAAGGAAUAUUAUGUCACGUUCGUGCUGUUCAUGAACAUGUGGAGUGGGAUUCGUCCAUUUACAAACUUUUAUUCGUUAUUUAUUCAGUUGCAAAACUUGGUCAUAAAGUGGCCUGCUGCUAUUCUUCGGCCCCUUACGAGGAUAUGUUGUAUGCUUGCAACUACUUAAUUGAUUUUAUUCUGCAACCAGUGCACCAAAAUAAAAAAGAAACCGAGCCUAGUGCGUGUCUGCCUGCGGCAGAUUACAACGAGACGACACCUCUGGUCGAGCAUAAAGUAUCAAGCGACUCCGUUAGCUUUUACCAUCCAUUGCAUUGGGUUUUAUCAGGCAUCAUGAAGUUUAUGAAUCCUUCGCGACUCUCUACCUGGGAUGACCGAACGAAACUUGCCCUGAUGGAUCACCCACUCCGUGCCUUUGUCUGGUUAGCUCAAAUUGACGUUGGUUUGUGGGUGCGCAAUGGUGCCAAGGUCCGCGGAAUGGCCCAUCAUUAUAAGCAUCUCACUAUUUAUGAUUAUGCUUUCGAUAAAGACUUACUCUUGGUUCAACUUAUGGUUUCCACAUUGCCACCCGACCUUGCACUAAAUGCCAUAGUCCAACGUUUUGAGUUAACAGAUUGGGUUGCAUCAGUUUCUUACGAGCAUUCAGUUUACGACAGCGAAAGGUUACCAUUAAUGGUGGAGAAAUUACUACUUAUGAUUGUGGGUCUCAUCACCGAGCGCGAGCAGUUGCAGCAGUUGUCUGUGGAAGAGUUGAUUAAGAAUCGUAUCGCCCAGCAGUUAGUUUUUGGGCCCGUUGGCGUAUUCCUCACUUUUGCAACGUAUUUCGGAGCAGUACACUGAGUAUAGUGCCUUUGAUUCGAUUCUCGAAUCUGUUACAACUUACAAAGCACCCGGGAGGUGUUUACGAUUACGGCGUUUACACACUAAGAUGAGUACUAAUGAUCGUGUUAAUCCUUUCAGUGUACACUAUUCUAAAAAUCAGCGCGAAGAAGCUGCAGUGUCCCUCAAGAAACGCCUCGCACGUCACACAAUGAAGAAUGAAAACUCUAUUGUUCUUGUACCGAAUAUUCAGCUAUGUUUUAACGGUUCUUCCAACGAAGACAUAUUUCUUAAUUUGACUCAUUCGUUAACCUUCAUAAAAAUAAUUGCUUGUGCACUGAAAUAUGUUCUUAAUUCGACGUACGAUUUGAUUAAUGCGGACGAUAUCGUUUGUGCAGCCGUUAACCUUUUAAUAAUCGGAACAAAAUUGGACGAGCAAUGUCAUACAAAUCGCUUUUCGGUAAACUGCUGUACAAAUAGGUUCCCUUACAGUGUUUUAGACGAAAGAUCCAACAAACUGGAAACUUAUGAUUUAACCAUCGCUGAAAUUUUGUACGUACUUCCUUCCGGCAGUUUAGUUUCUCUUUCUACGGAAUGUGAAUACUUGCUUGGCUUCUUCCGUUCCCAUGCCGAAGAAGCAUAUAACACGAUGGUGCAAAAUUCAAAACUUAAUUUCUCUUCAAGCGAUAAUUCUCACGAGGAUGAAGAGAGUCUUCGUCGUCAGAAAAAGAGAGUUGCCAGAGAAAGACAACUACAAAUCCUUGAACAAAUGAAGCAACAACAGGCUUCAUUUUUGGCUCAAAACAAAGAUUUUGAAAUGGAGGAGGAUGAGGAGAAUGAAAAUGAAUCCAGCUCUAAAGAAACAGAUAAAGAAACGAGAUUUUUGGAGUACAGUUCUGGUAACUGCCUUCUUUGUCAGGAAGAGUGCAAUGACAGAAAGCCAUAUGGUGUUUUGGGACUUUUACAAAACAGUUCGCUUUUGCGUAUGACCCCUUUAAACAAUCCUACGAGCUUAAAAGAGCUGCAGCUAUUGCCUCAGAGUUUUGAUGCUGAGUAUGAGGAUCGACCAUUUGGAUUCAAACAAGAACCAGCUUCUUUAACCCCUUGUAAGACACGAGUUGAAGGUGGAUUUCCGAUAAACAAUAACACAAGUGAUGUCUAUGCUCUGUCUUGCAGUCAUCUGAUGCAUAUAACCUGCUAUAAGAAUUACACAUCAACGAGCGCAUCCAACCCGACCUUCCUUCUGUUUCCGUCGACCCGUACAGGAACCAGGAACUUGCGGUAUUUCACUUGUCCUCUCUGCAAGAGCCUUUGCAACAUCCUACUUCCUGUAUUGUGGGAGCCAAGGCCUGAAAAACAAAUGAAGCGUGAACUUUACUUGGCUUCCUUUGAAUUGUGGUUAGGAAACCAGCUUAAGCAUAUUAACACUGGCAUUAUGAGUGUUUCGAGUUUUGACAUUUCUUCGAAAUGUGAAAGAAUAAUGUCAACGUUUGAUGCUUCUGUUUUUAGAAGCUCCAAUGCUCAUCGGCUUCAUAGUGUCUCUCCUAUCGAAAUCGUUGGCUUGUAUGACAAGCUUGCUGAAACGUUGGGUGCACUUCAUGCUUACCCAACUAAUCUUCGAGCCUUAAAUUAUUCUCUUCUGGAAAAACUAUUAAACUGCUUCUCAUACACCUUAAGUUGCAUUGAGAUUAGCUCACGGGGUAUGAAAGGCACUGUUCCUGGUAAAAAAAUAUGGUUCUCUCACCUUAAUCAAAGCAUGCUUUGUUUCCUUAAUACACUUGCUGAGUCUGUUAAAGGUAUUCUGUGUUACUAUGCUAAUCGUGGAGACAGUCAAGUUCUUGAUAUUCUUUUAAUGCGCAGACUACUUUUGAUGAAGCUGUUUCCCAAUAAUCCUAAAAAUCAAUCUGAUGAAGAGCAAGACCUGUCUAACCUUCAGCCAUCCCUGUUGGAGUCUGAUUUGUUUAGCCAGUUCGUUCAUCUUACCAUCCUUGAUGAUGCCGAUAAUGACUCCUUGAACGAAUAUACAAUCAUGUAUUACCUUGCUUCAAUUCCACGUACCAUUGUUUCCAUGAUCAAACUUUUUGCUGAAACAAAGGUUUCCCAACCUGCCUGCUCGUAUGAGUACACGCCUUCGGAAAUCUCUGGUUUCACCAAGUUAUGCGCUGCUACUCUGCAAUCUUGUGGUAUGCAGAGCUAUUUGGCGUAUCUCGAUGACAAGACCAUCGUAUAUGCGCUCAUGAAUUUCGUGGAGGUUCAUGAACUUAUAUUAUUAAGAAAGCUGGCUUUGCUCUACUAUUGUCGUUUUUACGUCAACUUGGAGGAUUAUACUGACGACGAAGAUCUUGCGUUGCCAGAGCUCAUAAAACUAAGCAAAGCCAUGUGUAUUCCCUCUCUUCCCGAGGUUUACUCUCUCUACGAAAAUGACAAUAAAACACCUUUGAAGGAUGUACUGAUGUCUUGGGGCCAGCAUUUUGCUUGUGGACAAGUUCAUGAUGUUAGAAUUGAAUAUCCUGGCAUUUAUGAGUUGCUUAAAUUGCCGUACAAACUUGAAACUUUUAUUGAUGUGCUACAAGAUUGCUUGUGUAGUGUUUGCAAGAAGAAACCUGUUUCUCCGGCAAUUUGCUUGAAUUGCGGUAGCAUUGUAUGCUUUGGUUCUUACUCUGACCCCAAUCAUUCUGGUGAGGAUGAUGAAUGGGAUGAGCACGCCAAAGUAUGCUCCAAGAAUAUUGGCCUGUGUUUUAUUAUUAAAAUUUGUGGUAUCUUACAUCUUGAUACAAGACUGAAAGUAGGAACGCUGGCAGACGCUCCGUACCUUGAUGUACAUGGUGAAACUGAUUUCCGACUGCAUCGCGGUCGCCCACAAUUCUUAAACCAGAAACGUUACGACUAUUCUAUUCGGACACCUUGGCUACACCAUGGCAUACUGUCACUGAUUGCUCGUCGCAUUGACCUCCAGGGCUUUCAAGGGGGUGCAAUU